AUGGCCGCUUUCUGCUGGAUGUUGAUCGAGGGAGUUUAUCUCUACCUGUUUGUUGUAAAAGUUUACAAUAUCAGCGACAAGAUGAAGGUUUCUCAUGGAUUUUCAUGGGGUAACUAUGAAAUAAAAAACCCAUUCUCUCUUUAAUGAUCUUUUGAAAAGUAAAAGAUGAACAUUGCCAUCAGCUAGACAUCACUAUCAACAUUUGACUAUGUUAUCACUUCGAAUUUCGAAUCUACAGGUCUACCCGCUCUCGUCGUUUCCACAUCGCUGAGCAUUGCAGCAGGAACCGGGCCAGGGAUUAAAAGCUAUGUCAGUGAGAAAUUGUAAGAAAUAAAUGGUUUUUUUUGUGAAGCGAUUUCUCUAUCACGAAUCCUCGUUGUCUCUCUUUCUCUCUUUUUUUUUGUCCUUGUGUUGUUUGCUUGUUUGCAUUGUUUUGUUUUUUGUCUUGUUUAAUUGUUUGGUUUGUUGUUGUUGUUGUUGUUGUUUUGUUAUUUAUUUGUUGUUUUUUUAGUUGUUAUCAAACCCGGCCUGGAGGGUCCUGCCUACAUGCAUGCGCAAAAAAAAAAUUAAUUGAUCCUUUAUCAAAGUUUCGCGUAAUUAAUUUUUAUUCAGCUGCUGGAUGUCAUCCACUAACGGCAUGAUCUGGAUAUUUGUUGUAUUCGUUGUGCUAAUUGAGUUGGUAUGUUGAAUUCUUAAAGUUUUUCUUUUUAUCCUUCACACUUUGCCUUCAGUUAUCAUUGUUUUGUGAGCAUUUUUCUCGCCGCCUUUUUUAACCUCUUUGACUCUGUUCAAUAGUUUUCAACGAAACAUGAAGUAUAUAUAAUUUUUCUUGAGGUGACCCUUAUGUUGGGAGAUGCCGUCAGCGGUUACCGUGCAAGAUUUUUAGGUUGAAUAUCCUGAUUCGAGUCUCUACCGGGUUGUUGUGUUGUGUUGUUGGGCAAAACAUUUUGCGUUCGCAAUGCUUUUCGCCCUCUCCUCCCAGCUGUAUAAAUGUUUUCUGACGAAUGGUGAAAGAAACCUAAGAAAUGUCUUGCGGAAUGGUGGGGAGAGGGAAAGGUUAGGGGGAAACUUUUGACCACCAUCCACUAAGACCGCUAGGACCACUUAGCUCAAGUGCGAACUCCUGUUUUCCUUUGAAUAGUUAUCCAUGGUGUUAUCACUUUUUUUUCAGUUAAACACAUUGAUACUGGUGCGAGUUAUCAAGGAGAUGAUGAUCAUGCAGCAUGCAAAAGACAAAAACAGAGAACAAAUAAGGUAAGUAUUUCAGCGGCGCCAGUGGUAGAUUUUUAUAAGCCAUUAGCCUCAUACUUUGUUGUCUUAUACGAAUAAUGCCAACUCACAACAAUGGUAAGAACAAGUCUGUAAGAAUGAAACAUCUUAGGAAAUGAAAACUUUCAACCCUUCUUCAAAUUUUACAUGCAGUUAGGCCCUCAGGGGGGAUGCACAAAAAUGCCCUUUUUGAAGGUCGCAGCACUCUUUUUGCCAUAGUAACAACGGCUGCUUGGUCGAGGCCUGGGGCCUCAUUUUCAUACAAAAUUGUCGCAAAAAAAGAGUGAAAUGUUUAUUUCUCUAUCUCAAGCUAAGAACAACAUUACAAGUUGGCACUUCUAUUAUUCAAAGUGACACGUGGGUAAAGCAGGGAAAACGUUUAUAUAAAUUUCUCGAAAAGUACACUGAUUAUGGAACUGAAACUAGCCAACUAGCUGGUUAUAAUAUUGUAGUUUUAAAUAUGGAAAAAUAUUUCUGGGGGCCUGCCUCUACUUUCCAUAGGGGCAAUCAAAAAUCAGAUAUUGCAUAAUUUGGCGAGGAUGUUACUAUGUAUGGUAGAAGUGCCAACUUAUAAUGUUUUAUUUAGCUUGAGAUAGAAAAAUAAUCAUUUUUUGCGACGUUUUUGUAUGACAAUGAGGCUUCAAGCCUCGAACAAGCAGUCGUUGUUGCCAUGGUAACAAGAGUGCUGCGACCUUCAAAGAGAGCAUUUUUGUGCAUCUCCUCUGAGCAUCUAAGCACAUGGAAAAUUUGAAGGGGGUUGAAAAUUUUCAUUUCCCAAGAUGUUUGAUUCUUUCAGAGACUUGUUCGUAAAAGCAAAUUCUCUUGAUUUUCUUUUUUCGUGAUUUUAUAGGCUUGGUGUCGGGGCAUGCGUGGUGAUGAUUCCUUUGCUUGGGAUCACGUGGCUAUUUGGUCUUCUGUCGCCCCUGCAUAAAGUGUUUGCAUACAUUUUCACAAUUUUCAAUUCCACUCAGGUAAACUGAAUACAGCUUUUAAUGAAUGAAAUCCGUGCUCAUACGGUACCAAAGUAAAAGGGCGGUUGGUGGAUUUAACUCUGAUUGAGAUAUUUCUGUUUCAAGUAUGCAUCUUGACAAAGAUUAAAGUCAGUGCUCAGAGUGCACCUCAUCUCAGGGCACAGGUUCACCUAACCCAUGUCUAUUAAGAACUCGUCUCUCCUGACACAAAAAUAACUCUCAGAUUAUUUCAUUAAUUCAUACUUGAAAAAACACACGUUACGCGGCUGAUUAACUUUUAACAGUAACAGCAUUCUUAAGAAAACAGCGUUUAACCCUUUAACUUCCAAGGUAUUAUUAGUAAUUCUCCUCACUGUCUGCUGUACAAUUUUUCUGAUUUUACUUCUGAGAAUUUGGUAUUGGAUCAGCUAAUAAUCCCCUAAUUGAUACUUUUCUUGGUUCUCAUCAGUUGUCUUCUUGAUUUUGUAUUGAUAUUUUAAGGAUAAUUUCUCUUUUGGUCACUCAUGGGAAUUGUAGGAUUGAAAAAGAAAAAAAAGGGAAAAACAGAUCAUGAUUCUAAGAUUUGUCUUUUAAAAAACGACCCUCUUUACAAUUAUAUGAAAAAGUGAAACUCAGUUUUCCAGAGUAAAAACCAAACCUCAAUAAAACAAAACAUAUAUCAAUUUUGUAUCAGUAAUCACAAUUUUGCUUAUUGAAACUAAGUCGAUCUAGGACAUGACAAGAGAACACUAACGGCCUCACAAUCGAAUACCUGAGAUGAUAAAAGUUUUCUUGAUCUAAUUAUAUUCCUCUCAAUAUUCCUAAAGCGCGUGAAAAGUGCCCCGUGAAGGCAUGAAGUUGUACUACCCCUUCCUUACAAAGUUACCAGGUGGUGAACUUAGUGUAAUACAGAGACAAAGUAGAGAACUUAUGCUUAAUAGCAGUAAAGGUUUGGACAUUUUUGCUACCCAGCAAAAUUUAAUCUUGAAAGGGUUGAAGUUGGAGGGCUUGGAUGAAAGCGCUUUGAAUCUACUAAAGGCGUUAACGUGAUUUCCUGCAUUGUGAUUUAACAGGGCUUCAUGAUAUUUCUCCUUCACUGCGUGAGAAACUCAGAGGUAUGCUAUUAAAUUUUAUUAAGAAGUUUCUUUGUAAUUUAGAACUUUGCUCAGAUUUUUAACCCGAAAGCUUCCACUUUGAAAUAAGAAAUUCAAUUCAGUUCGAUGGUUGUAUUUAUUCGAAGCACGUUUUGUUGUACAAUUCUUGAGAUCGUUUUGAUAUCAACUUAUUCAUACAGAUUAGAUCUCGCUUCAAGAGAAGGAUCAUUCGUGUCACCCCAACUGCAGUUGAAGUAACAAGCAUAGAGCGAGCUUCUCAAGUACAUGAAACCUCCAUGGUGAUAUUGCCAAGGAAAAUUAAUGUCCAGCCUCGCAAUCACCAUGAAAGUGGCACUGAAAUCUUUGAGAUCUGA